CACCGCGCUGAUCCGAUGGCAGGAGCCAGGUACUUAUCCUGGUCUCCCAUGGGGUGCAGGGCCCAAGCACUUGGGCCAUCCUCCACUGCACUCCCUGGCCACAGCAGAGGGCUGGCCUGGAAGAGGGGCAACCAGGACAGAAUCCGGUGCCCCGACUGGGACUAGAACCCGGUGUGCCGGCGCCACAGGCGGAGAAUUAGCCUAUUGAGUUGUGGUGCCGGCCACUGUUUCACUUCUAAAAUGCCCAGAAUGACCAGGCGGGGCCAAGGCCAGGGCCAGGCCAGGCAGAUCUCCCAUGUGGGUGGCAGGGACCCCCCCCCCCCCGGCAACUUGAGCCACCACCGCUGCCUGCCAGGGUCUGCAUGGUCAGGAGGCUGGCGCAGAGCCUGGAAUCUGGGAUCUGCAACCUGACAUCUCUAGACCGCAGCUUUCCACCGAAAGAUGAUUCCACGCUUUGCCCCUGCCACUCAACACCCUUGUCCUGUGGGCGGCGGACAGCUCCUUCCUGUCUGCUAAUUCUCUGUGCCAAGUCCCCCACCCCACCCCAAGAAAGCACCCCGGGAGAAGUCAGACUGGGACCCAGGCUCUCCAGCGUGGGACGCAGGUGUCUCGAACUGCAGUCUCAAACCACACUGUUUAGCCAAAAGCCGCCCUCCCCCACCCCGGUAUUUUUAAGUGGGUUUCUCUGCUUAGCAGCAACGUGGAAACCUCCUGCCAAGGCGGCCCCUCUGGCCCCAGGCUCGUCCUGCACCUGCUAGGCCACUGCCUCUUCUCUGCUGCAGGUCCGGUCCACACGUGUGGCGGGGUGAGGGCUGAGCCGCAGCGGGGAGGGGCCAUUCUGCUUCCCCAGUGGGCGGGUGGAAGCUGGCUCUUUAGUCACGGAGUCAGAGCAGGGGCCAUCCCUCUGUCCCCCAGCCGACAGCAGGUGUCUGAGGGAGGCAAUGUGAAGCUGGGAGUCCCUGAGUAUACUGGAGGCGUGGUUAGCACACGGGGAACGUCGGAAAUGUGCGGUGACAGCAGGUCGGGGAAGUCGAGGCUGGAGGCUCCCGCUGCAGUGGGGUCUGUGGCAGGCGGCAUGGCCCACAUGCCUUUAACAGAGCCCACGGAAGCCCUGGCCUGGUGCAGGGGACGUGGCCGUGAAGCGCUGUGUCCAGCUCCAUUGCACCACGGCCCCAGGCUUCACAGUUCGUCAUGAAGCAGAAGCAAGGCAGCCACAAGUGUGCUCCACAGAGGCCAGCUCUGGGCCAAGGUCAUUGGAGCACAGGGUGGGGCCGGACAGGAAGCCACCGCCUGCAGUGCACAGGGGGAGUGCUCUUCUAUGGAGUGGGCAGGGUAUCCAGGGCCAGGCCCCAAGAGCUUUGUCUGCUUGGUGAAGGAGACCAGGCUCUGGGCACACAGGAUAGGAGAGCUGUCCCGGCUGCGGCUUCCUGCCGGAGUGGGCUGUGAAUGCUGAGAGCCGUGGUCAGCUGAGCUGGACCUGAAGGUCCCAGGGCUGAGGCUUCUCCAGGGUGUCAUCAACUAGAGAUACGGCAGAGGGCGCCCUCCGGGUUCACACACAGCCACAGUGCAGGGGGCUGUGGCUGGGUCUGGCCUCUCAGACAAACACAGGGGAGCCUUCCCCAGCAGGAGGUGGGCAGCCUCCAGCAGCCCCGGCUGAGGCACAGGGUGUGGCCCGGUCAGUGCAGGGCCACUGUCUCUCCCCUCUACGGAUCUCAGGUAGCUGUGGCUCCCAUAUUCCUCUGGGAGAGAAGAGCCGAACACAGGGCUUGGCAGAGAAUCUGUGCUCCAGGGCUCUCAAAGCCAACGGCACUGGGGCAGGUUCUGGAGGAGCUGGAGGAGGUGCAGUGAGGCGGUGGAUCCAGCACAGGCUUUGCUCAAGGGCAGGCCUGGCUUCAAGUUCAAGUGCGGCCAGUGAUUAGCUGUGAGGCCUUGGGAAGGUAACUCACCCGAAUUUCCUGAUUCGUAUGUGGCCGCACUGACCCCAGGCUCUCAGAGACCACGCGUGGGAGGCCACGGAACACUGCUCUGAGCAGGCAUGCCGUGCGGUGUCUCCGGCCCAUGUUCCUGCCUCUCCUCCUUCCUCCUGUCUGUCUCUUCCUUCCUUCUCUCUCUCUUCUAAAAGGACUUGGUGGAAGAACAGCCCACUUGAAGAGCUGUUUUAUUUCCAUUUCAUUUGAAAUGCAGACAGAGAGAGAGAGAGAGAGAUCUUCCAUCGGCUAGUUCACUCCCCAAAGGCCCACCACAACCAGGGCUGGGCCAGGCCAAAGCCAGGAACCAGGAGCUCCAACCAGGUUUCCUGCACGGAUAGCAGGGGCCGUGCACUUGAACCAUCACCUUCUACCCCGAGGAUGCGCGUUAACAGGAAGCUGGGCCUGACAUGGAGCCGGCCGGGACUUGAGCCAGGUGCUCUGUUACACCAAGCUCUCACCCCCGUGGAGAGACUGCUUCGGAGGCUGACAUGACUCCCACAGAGCUUGCCUGCCAGUUGCGGAGAUAUCUUGUGGGCUAAGAAAUGGGGAGACAUUGCCAGAAUGGGCUGUCAUGACUGCAAGUGCAGGGGGCCCUUGGAUGAAGCUGAGACGCCAGCAGGGCGGCUCAGAAAUGUCUCACUGCUCUUAGGAGAGAGAGGCUGCUCCAGGGACAGGGACCCGCAUGGCGCAGGCGCCGAUACAGGCCAUCCCGGGAGUGGACCGGGGAUGCUUGAAGUCAUUCUCUGGGCAGCCGACUGUGUGGAUGCUGGCAAGUGGGUAUCGGCUUGGAAUACCCUUCAGCCUCUGUGCAGAAGGCAAGCAGGGAACAGUGAGGGGCACCGGGCAAGGGCCUAACCUGGUGACCACAAGGCAUCGGGGGUCUCUCCAGCCGUGCGUGCCAGGAGGUCAGCAGCAGGAAGGAUGCUUCUGGCCCAGACCCACAGGGUGGGCUGGGAUGAGCUGCAGAAACCUUUGGCCCCCGACAUCUCGCCCGUGCAGAGGCUGCCACUGCCAGGAAUGUUCCAGGCCACCCCAGUCCAUGAGCACCGCCGUCUCGUGUCUCAUCAGCUCUUCCCCAACCCCCACAGCAGGGGAAGAGGCACGGGAAAGCAGCACUGGCUUUGCAGGGCUGAGGUUGAGCUACAGCUUCCCGGUGCCCUGCGGCCUCCAGACCCUUCACCCUCAGGCCAGAGGGGGCGGUGGCUUGGAGUCAGGCCACUGUGGGCAGGUGUCUCGUCCCCACGGCAGCUGUCUAUUGGCCAGAGGAGGGGGUGGGGCCAUCACUCUGGGUGGAGCCCCUGCCCUGCCUGCCAGUGCCUGCAGCCCAGGCCCGGAGAUGAAUGGCUGUGCUACAGAGGUGCGCUGGGCGCAGACUGUCAGCCAGGCGGACAGGCAGACAGGACCUGGAAGGAAAGGAAGGGGGAGGAAGAAGAGGAGGGGAGGAGAGAAGGCAGAGCGGGCUGGGAGAGGCUGGGAGGCGUGAGAGGGGCCCACGGAGCUGGCUGGCACGGAGGCCUCACCCAUUAGCAUUUCCCAGGCAGCCUCCCUUGCGGUCGGCCUCACCUUCCUGGCCAGGGGAGGCAGGGCCAGUGCCGGCCCCGGGCUCCCUCGCUCGCUCACUCACAGCGGCCCUGCUUGCAGCCCUGCCGGCGUUGGCACGGUGACAGUAGCCAAGUGUGCAAACUUGUGCCAUUGUCCCCAGGCCAGGGGGAGCCAUGGAGACUGGCUAAUAUGACACAGGAAAAUGUUUGCUGAUGGCAAUUCUAUGGGCUUUGUCCACCUCUUUCUCCAUCAUGACGACUCGAUUUAAGUCCCUAACUGUUUGACUACAAAUGCAAGGGGACCGUGCAACGCCACCCUUUUGUCCAGCCGCGCUGAAUGGGCAAUUCAGGCUUUGUGCAGCUCAAUUGAGGGAGCAAACAUAAAGACAAGAUUCCUGAGAGCCCCGGCUCCCUUCCCAUGGAUAUCCCGGCACCUCGUUAGAGGCCCUUCCCCGGCCACCUUUCCCGACACCCAGGGACCUCCCCGCUUGGCGGGUGCUCCAGCACCCCAGCGCUUGGGGAUCCCAGCAGGUGGCGGGGGCGAGGGUGCUGGAGAGAGACAGAGAGGCAGAGACAGAGACAGAGAGGACCACUCAGCACUCAAGGACAGCGGGGAGAGCAGCCCGCCCCAGCUUACCCCGUCCAAUUGUCUGUCUGCAGUGGAGCAUGGCAGCUGCAGGCCUGGGGUCUUUUAGGGGAGGCUUGCGCGCCGCUCUGCAUAGGGCCCAGCCCCUCCUUGCUCCUGGACAUUAGUCCUGCGUGCGCGCGCACGCACACACACACACACACACCCUCACACACUCCCCCGCCCCCUCGAGAAACCAGGGAACCGAGGUCAAGGGGAGGAGGGGCGUGGAGGCCGAGCAGAGUGGGGCUGAAGGGUAGAACUUUACCGGGGAAUGAUGGCAUUGGGGAGCUGUCUUUUUUGUGACGGUCCCCAUGGUGACAAUUUGUGCCGGCAAAGAAUGUGGGAACGGGGCGCCGCCGCCUGAUUGGGAUGCUUUGUGUCUGGAGAGGCGCUCCUGAUUGGCCUGAGGGCCCCCCAGCUCCGGGGAGUCGUCCUCCAUUCAGCCCACUCAAGGGCUACACAACUGCCUGCAGCCCCACGGAGCUCGGCCGGCCGCGCCGGGCCUGCCCCAGGUCUGCGGCGGGGAACCUGCCGGGCCACGCUGGCCGGGGCCCGGGGCCCGCACCUUCGGUCAGCUCCCUACAGAGCACCCCCCUUCAUGGAAAGCCCCGCGCAGUGGUCCCCUGGUGAUGGCAUCCGACAGUGAAGUGAAGAUGCUGCUGAACUUUGUGAACCUGGCAUCCAGCGACAUCAAGGCCGCCCUGGACAAGUCCGCGCCCUGCCGCCGCUCCGUGGACCACCGCAAGUACCUGCAGAAGCAGCUCAAACGCUUCUCCCAGAAGUAUUCGCGGCUCCCGCGGGGCCUGCCCAGCCGAGCCGCUGAGCCCCACCUGAAAAGGGGGCUCGAGGACCGGCCGGGGAGGCUGCUCCUCGAUUCCUGCCCCGAUUCCAGCCCCAGCUGCAAGGAGAAGGCGCUGGGGAGCGCCCUCCCGGAGGAAUGCCUCUCCCACGAGCAGGCCCUGCAGGGGCAGGAUCCAGAAGCUGCCAGGCCUGGCCAGGUGCCCAUGCGGAAAAGACAGCUGCCUGCGUCCUUCUGGGAAGAGCCGAGGCCCACCCACAGCUACCCCCUGGGGCUGGAGGGGGGACUGGGCCCCAGGGAGGGAGCUCCCUAUGAGGGUAAAAAACACUGCAAGGGCUUGGAGCCCUUGGGGCCCGAGACGGCCUCGGUGCCCCUGUCCCCGAGGGCCCUGGCUGACAAGGAGUUGCUCAAGAUGCCGGGGAUCCCCCUGGUGGGCCGGGUCAAUGCCUGGAGCUGCUGCCCCUUCCAGUACCAUGGACAGCCCAUCUACCCUGGCCCUCCGGGGGCCCUGCCCCCGAGCCCCGUGCCCGGCCUGGGCCUGUGGCAGAAGAGCCCCAGCCGCCCUGGGGAGCUGAGCCACUUCUGCAAGGACGUGGACGGCCUGGGGCAGAAAGUGUGCAGGCCCGUGGUUCUCAAGCCCAUCCCCACCAAGCCGGCCAUGCCCCCACCCAUCUUCAAUGUCUUUGGCUACCUCUAGCUUGGCCAGGAAGGCCUUGGCUCCCACCUCCCACCUGCAGGAGUGUGGGGGCCCCAAGGGCUGUUCUCGAGGGGGGCUGGACAGUGUUAGGGGGCCUCCUGGGCAUUCCAAAUGCCCCCUCCCUUUGUGGCGGGUGGCAGAGGGCAGGAUUGGAGGGGUGCUCCUCACUGGCUCAGCUGUCGAGACCUUGGGAGCUGUGGGGCUGGGCUCGGCUGGCCCCUCCCCAACCGGGCCAGAGCCCAAGAGAUCACUCCCCUGCCCCACCAAGAUGGCAAGCAGCGGGACUCGGUCGAUCUUUGCUCGCGGGCCAACCUUACGCCAGUUCCGCAUCUGUUCAGCCGUCAGCCACUGUGUGAGCCAAUGCCAGUUCUUUUUGUUCGUUGUAAAUAUUAAGACAGUUAAAAGAAUAAAGACACUUCUGCAGUUUCCA